AACGUUUUUCCCGUCUACACACACCCCUGCUCGCACUCUCCGGCGUCGCCGUGCUCUCCGCGUUCCCUGCGCGCCCGUCUCCCGACGGCUCACCCGUUCCACGGCCGAUAGCCGUGUCCGUAGACGGCCGUCUCGCCGCCGCCGCGCGACUUUACAAAAUGUCGGACGCGCGCGACGACCGGCCCGGGCCUCAACGCCAUUUUGGCGGGUCACGGCGUAUUCGUGGGCCCGUAGCUGGCCACGGCAUUGUAUUAUUACGUUGUACAUUUGGUUGCGGUGGCUCGCCAGGUCUGUCGACGAUGUAACAAAAACGGCACACUCGGGGGGGCCUUUUGUGACUCGUUACGCGCGUCAACGCCUGGGCCAAGCCCAAGCAUUGUGUCGCGGGUAUUGAUUUUUUUUAAGUCUCACUUACGGUGCGCCCAAUUUUUUCAGUUUAACGCUUUUCCUAUUUUGUUGUGCCUGCGCCCUAUCCUUUGUCUGUGCGUUUUUCACCAUGUAUAUUAUAAUACAAGGUAAACCUAAUAUUGUACAUUUGAUGUGUUUGUUGUUUUACACUAACACAAUAUACACAUAAUAAUAUAUCCAUGUUCAUGUAAGUGCGAUGCGUGUGUGUGUGUGUGUGUGUGUGUGCGCAAGACGCUUAUUCACUUGUGGUUGUACCGUCCAGUCGAGCCAUUCUGGUAGCUGUCCAGUCGUAGCAUUUGCUAACAUCGACUGCUGUACUUCGCCUAUGCGCUCGAUGACGUCGACGUUCAUUAGGCAUACCGUUUAAACAUUAUAGGGUUUUCAACUUAUGAUCUGUUUUGCUCAGAUUAACAUGACUGAAGUGCUGAAAGCUAGUGAAUUAAGGGUCCCAAUGCCACCAGAAAAUAUGAGCAUAAAUAGAGAUCGAAGCGGAGAACAUCAUCAAAAUAUGGAUGGUCCACCACAGCCUGCACAUGCUCAUUUCACACCUCCAACUUCAGUGUCUGAUUUAGAAUUGCUUCAGCAUAGAGUCAAUUGGGGUACAUUCAGUGAUCCCACAAAAGUAUGCUCUAGUCUUAUGCUUCAACUUGGAGGAGCUGCAGCUGCUGUUGGUUCAGGUCAAGGAGGUUCAUCUGGUAAUAAUCAGACAAAUGGUAAUAAUGAACGCCGUACACACAUCACAGGCUCUAGUCUCAUGUUACAACUGGGAGGAGCAGCGGUAGCGACCGCACCUAGUAGUGCAUCAGGUGGUACCCAAAUAUCGGGUUCAAGUGGUGAACGCAGAACCCAUAUCACUGAUUCGCCAUUUCAUUGUGACAUAUGUGGAAAAUAUUUCUCCAGAAAAGAUCAUUUCAAAAAUCAUGUAAUGUGGCAUACAGGUGAAACACCACAUAGAUGUGACUAUUGCGCCAAAACAUUUACACGCAAAGAACAUUUGGUUAAUCAUGUGAGACAACAUACUGGUGGUAUACAAAACGCUGCCGAAUAUUCUAUGAACAUGGAGCCUGGUCCUUCUACUUAUCGUGAAACUCCUCACCACUGCAAUUACUGCCCAAAAUCGUUCACGCGUAAAGAUCACAUGGUUUACCACGAGCGUCAACACACAGGGGAAACGCCGUUCCCGUGCCAGUACUGUCCAAAGGCUUUCACUCGCAAGGACCAUUUGGUGAACCACGUCAGACGUCAUACAGGCGAGUCACCACACAAAUGCACUUAUUGUUUAAAAGUGUUUACGAGAAAGGAGCAUCUGACCAAUCACAUCCGCCAACACACGGGUGAAACACCUCACCACUGCAAUUACUGCUCGAAAUCAUUCACGCGUAAAGACCACAUGGUUUACCACGAGCGUCAACACACAGGAGAAACGCCGUUCCCGUGCCAGUACUGUCCGAAGGCGUUCACGCGUAAAGAUCAUCUGGUUAACCACAUCAGGCGGCACACCGGCGAAUCGCCACACAAGUGCACAUUCUGCAUGAAGUCGUUCACCAGAAAAGAGAACCUGACCAACCACAUCCGUCAGCACACUGGUGAGUCACCACACCGAUGUCAUUUUUGUCCUAAAACGUUUACGCGCAAAGAACAUCUUACUUGUCAUAUUCGUAUUCACACAGGCGAGUCGCCACACGCUUGCGAAUUCUGUAAUCGAACCUUUGCACGCAAAGAACAUCUGAAACGUCACGUGCGCCAGCACGCGCCGGGGGCAGAGUACAAUUGUAUCAUCUGCUCCGAGGUGUUCUCUGCCAAGGACCCGUUGCUCGAACACAUGUUGACCCAUCCCCGCGAUUGUCCGUACGUGUGCACCGACUGCGGCAAGGCGUUCCGCCUCAAGGGCAACCUCCUGUUCCAUCAGAGGUCCCAUCAGAAGGGCAUGCCGGCCGAUCGUCCGUUCCGGUGUGAUCUGUGCCCCAAGGAUUUCAUGUGCAAAGGACACUUAGUGUCGCACCGGCGCAGUCACACCAAUACUAAACAACAAUUUCAGUCUGGACAAUUUACAAAAGACCACGGCACCAAUGCUUCGUUCAUGUUGAAACACUUGAUGAAGCAAGAAAACGUGUCGGAAAUGAUCGGCCUGCAUCAGCCCCAUCCAAUGCCUCAGCACUCUGUCAGUGUGGGCACACAAGUUGGACUGCCUGUUCUUCCUCCGCCUCCAAACCUCCAUCUUCCCCCGCCAACCGCCGCUAGCCUAUUAGCCGCAGUCACGUAAACUUCUUGCAGUUCGGACAUGACGACUUUUUUUUUAUUUCCAGUUUCGUUCUGUUUUUUUUCGCUGAAAAUUUUUAUUUAUUAUUUUUCUCAUUGAAAUCGUCAUUCAUUUUUAUUUAUUUUGUUUUUUUUAUUUCAUAGAUUAAUGAUGUUUGGAUUUUUUUGUCGGGAAAAUAUGAUUUUCGUUGGCUUUGUUUUAUUUAAACAUUUUAUUUAUUACUACAUUUACAAUUUCGUUUAUGUUUGAUUUUAUUAAAAAUAUGAACACCUCUGAGCAACGAACCCAUCUCGUUUGUGAUCAUAGAUACGUAUCUUUAAAGUUAUAAUGGCUUAACUUGUAUUGCGCGCAAAACUAUUGAUAUCACUAUCAGCAUAUUGAUGAUAUGUAUGAGAACCGAUGAUGAUCUCAUUAAAUUUUCAGACUUGUGUUUUGAAAUUAUUGAAUUAAUAUUAUUUGGUGUAUUAUUACCAUGAUUUUUUACUUGGGCAGUGAUACUAUUGUACUUCGGCUUCUUGGACUGUGCCUUUGAAGCAUAAUGACACAAUAUAUAAUUAAUUAAAAAAAAAAAAAAAAUGAUUACACAUUCUAUUUUGUAUUUUUGGUAGUACAAUUAAAUUAAUAAUAAUUUUAGACUUUAUAAGUAUAAAUUAACAAUUAUAAUAAACUGUUAAGUAUUCAAUUUUUUUUUUUACUGAAAAAUACAUAAUAUUAUAUCUUAUAAGUUAAAUAAUAUUAAUAAGUUAUUUUAAAUUGAAAAUCCUUAAACAAAAUUUCAAUACUUCAAAUUUUAAUUUGAAGAUAAAUUUGUCUCGUAAAUAAUAUGCAAGUAUUAGACAUUUUUUAAACAGUAUCAAGUAUACAACAUAAAAUUGAAUAUAUUUCUAGCUUCAUCAAAUUAAAUAUUAUUAUUAAUUGAUUUCUUCAAUUUCAUAUGUAUUUCAUAAAAAUUGAUUUACAUUUAAUAAAACUAUAGAUAAUAAUAUACCAUUAUAUUAACCUAUAUCCACAAUUUUUUAUUCAGUUCAGUAAACUAAAGAAGAAUAUUGAGAUACUGUUUAAAUAUAAUAACCGUUAAAUAUGAUUUAUAUAUAGCUAAAUGUAUGCUGAAAUUUUAAGUAAUCUACUAAAAGUACUAAGUACAUAAGGAAAUAAAAAUGAAUGUGUCUUUAAAAUAAUAUGCUUCUUAGGCUCAGGUAAGUAUGAAUGAUGGGAGUAUGUCUGGUAUUCGUUGUAAUUAAUAUUCUUGUGUAAUUAAGGUCAACUCAAUUUUUAAAUCUUGAAACACUAAAAAUUAAAUGAAUAUCCAUUGAAGGUUGAUUGAUUUUACAUUAAAUAUUUAUUUAAUUUUACACUUUUGUUGUAAAUGUAGUAAUGCUCUGACGACAUUUAAGAAUUUUUUUUUUGUUUGUUUUGAAUAUAUGAUUUGUCAUGAUUUUUCGCGUGUAUUGGAAAUUAUACUUAUUAAUUUAUUAUCUUUUACUAAAUGUUGUCAUAAUUUUUUUAGCCAUUUGAAAUAUAAAAUUAUAUAAAACUACAAUGUUUAUAAAUGCUUAAGUGUGUGAGCGUGCCCUAUGUAUAGAGAAUACUAUUAUUUUAAAUCAACUCUAGAAUUAGAUUUAGGUUAUUAAUUUAAACGUGUAUUAAACAAGUAAUUUUAGUAUAUUUUUUUAUGCUGAAACAUUGUUACCAGCGUAGUUGUAUUUCAUUACCUACGCUGGAAAAAUAUGUUAUAAUAAUGUAAAUAACAUAAAGCGUAAAAAUAUUGCCAUUAUAUUAUAUUGUAUAUAUUUACAUUACCUAAUAAAAUAUUAACUUAAGUUAGCUAUAUUAUAUUAUAUAUUUUAGAUUUUUAAAUAAUCACAUCAUAAAAUGGUGCAAUAUUAACCAACAAUUCUUUAGUAGUUUUAAUUUUAAUAUUAAUUUUCAUAUUUAUUUUGCUUUGUAAAAUAAUUGCUUAAAUCAUCUUUUUCCUUACUUUUUUUUUAUUUCAAUGAAUUCAGUAAUUUUGAGAACCAACUUGCCAUAUAAAAAUGUUGUGGUCUUCCUCAUUGUCAAAACAGCCCAAAUAUAACUUUUAGAAUUAAUUCAAAAUAGAAGAUAGACUGAUUACAUUUUUCUUAGUUUGAAUAGAAUAUUUACCCAUGAAAAAAAAUAAUGAACUGUGUGCGUUUGUAAGUAUUUUAAAUUAUUUUAUCAUGUUCAUAAAUUAAAUUAUAGCAUAAACUUAUAGUACAUAUUAUGUACUAUGUCAUAUGUACAUAAUAUAUAACUAUUUUAAUGUUAUUGUUAAUCAUAAUGAAGAAUUAGUUUUUAAGUACAUAAUUCAUGUAGUUUUAGGGCAUGUGGCUAUCGAGUAAUCUAGGCUAUGAUUUAUAAUUUUAAUGCAAAAAUUAAAGUAACUACCAGCUAAUUUAGAAAGAUAACUUGGUUUACCAAAUUUUUACCCCAAGUUUUGUGGCCACUUGCACUAUAAGUAGGUUUUAGUUAUGAAUUAAUUAUUUUUACAAUUUAUAUUCCGUUUUUGUAAUGAAUAUUGUAUUGACGAAAUAUAGAACUUGUGUGAAGA